AUGCAGAACCUGGGCAGAUCUGCAGGGUUUGGGAAAGCUGUUUACCUGGACCAAGCAGGACCAGGCACUGGGGAGGGAAUGAGGAGUGCAGACCUGGGGGUACAAAUGAUGGGGAGUCUUCGAACACGGCUUGGGCCCCCGCUAGGCCGCACCUGCCCCGCCCCCCGCUCGGGCCGCUGCCGCGCGUGCGCACAGGGCUCAACCGCCGCCCCUCCCCCAUCGCUCUCGGCCCUGGGCCCAGGCCCCAACGGGAUCGAGAAGAGGCGGGAGGCGCGGGGGGGUCAGGGAGGGGAGCGGCCCUCCCACGUGACCCGUGGCCCCGCGUGGCGCCCUCGCUCCGCGGCCUUGGGGCGCCGAGGAGCCCGCCCCGCCCAUCUCCGCCAUCCUAGUAACGGCAGCCGAGCCUUGUUUUUCAGUGUGUCCCGAUUAUGGAAGGAAUGUGUACGCCGAACCUUGAGGACCCAGCAGAGCGUGGCCUGGAUCUCCACAAUGGAGCCCGGGCCCCCAGAGAUGCACUCGCUGGUCCAAGUGUUAGCCAAGGAGCUUGAGAAGGUUCAUGCGCUGCCACAGACCGUCCUCUACAUGGCUGAUGAAGACACUUUUGUUGGAGAGGAAGAUGGCCACGGGCACAAGAAAGCACGAAAGAGAAACCCCCAGGAAAUUGCUCGUGCCAUUGAGAGGUUGUUUCCAAAACGCUGCCAUGUCCUUGGGGUUAUAACCCCAGGAGUCAUAGUAACUCCAAUGGGAUCAGGUAGCAAUCGACCUCAAGAAAUAGAAGAUGGAGAAGCUGGCUUUGCAAUAUUGUUCCCCAAAAUUGAUGGUGUCAAAAUUGAGACUUUUCAUUUUCUGAAGGAUCUGAGAAAAUGUAUCCAUGAAAGCAAAUUGAUUGAAGCAGGUCUUAAAAACAAUCCGGAGCUUCGGGUGGUCCUUAUAUUUGGCUACAAUUCUUGGAAGAUUGGAGCUGCUGGAUUUCUUCAGAAGGUUGUCAACAUUCUCAAUGAAAAGAGCGUCAUGCUGGCUGGUGGCCAGGUAGACCGCUUGACCUCCUUGACAUCGGAGAGUAACCCUCCCACCAACGAGGCCUGCGGCGUGGUCGGCCUCUCCUUCAGUGGACCUCAGAUCCAGAGCGCUUCGGUGCUGCUGAACCAGGAUGUGAACGAUGAGAAGACGGCCGAGGCCGCCAUGCAGCGCCUCAAAGCCGCCAACAUCCCCGAGUACAACACUUUCGGCUUCAUGUUCGCCUGCGUGGGCAGAGGCUUCCAGUACUACCGGACCCGCCGGAACGUGGAGGCGGAUGCCUUCCGGAAGUUCUUCCCCACCGUUCCCUUGUUCGGCUUCUUCGGCAAUGGGGAGAUCGGCUGCGAUCGCAUCGUCACGGGGAACUUCAUCCUGAGGGAGUGCAACGAGGUGGAGGAUAUUCUGCUCCACAGCUACACCACCGUCAUGAUCCUCAUCCACCUCGGCCCAACCAAGUGAGCCUCUGCUUCGGGGGCGUCCUGCCGAAUCCCGCCCGCGUGUGUACAUAUUUCAGGUGAAGUCCCUUUAGAAGUAUCUGUUUUAUACCUUUGUUUAAUGCUCUCGAGAUAAUGUUGAAAUAGGUCUAAUGGUGUUAAGUGAAGGAGAAUGUGUGUGUAACUCAGCCGGGGGAGGGGGGAGCUUAGGGGAGCCUUCGGGCAGUGCCCAGAGGGACAAGUGAGGCCUCCUUACCCGCCGUGAGGGAGGAGAGCACUGGAUCAGGAGUCCCAAGUCCCACCUCUGCCUCCUGGUAGCUGUGGGACCUUGGACAGGACCCCUUACCUCUCUGAGACUCAGUUUCCUCAUCUGCAAAAUGGAGAGAACACUCGCACUACCUAGCUCACAGGGUUGUUGUGAGGCUAAAACAGAAUGUGUGUAGAGCGCUCUGUAAACCUGGCAGUGCUACAGAAGUGUGUAAGUGGUUAUUGUCAGAGAAAUGAUCAUCUUGGGGCCAUAAUCAUGAAGUUUUUUGUUUUCUUCAAAAACAUACAACAUUGGUCUGUUGUCUCCUUCAAGGAGACCUUUUCUCAAAUGCACCUGUUUUUCAGACACUUUAAUAAAGUUAUUACAUUAUUUUUACUCAUUGCAUAAAGUUACAAUAAAAUAUUUUGUGGUGGUAGUUGGUGCAUUGAAGUUAUUCAGCCUGAUGAACAAUUUGCAAGAUUAAUCAACAGUGUUGCUUUAUACGUUACAACUAUUCCUUUCCAUUUCUCAAUAAAGAAAACACGAG